AACUUCGAGUUUUGUCCGAUGAUAUGAAUUUAUGAUGAGAUGAAAUUACCCCUUGUAGAUGAUCAGCGCAGGGAAUUGAAAUCUGGUUUUAUCAAAUCCCAUUUAUUGAACAAAUGCCAUAACAUCAGCCGAACUUAUGGUCGAUGACGCUUUGAAGUUGAUUAUUGAAAGUAAAUCAUAGCCGAUAACGCUGCUUCCAAGUUCUUGGAGAUCUGCAAAAUAUUGUACAAAAGACUGUGCGAAAGACUUGACCACGUGGAAGAAGUAUUGUUAACAGGCGAGCCACGUUCAAUAUACCGGUAAUACUCUCGUUUUAAAGAAAAAGAAGUUGAAUGGCAGAAAACAACAAAAAAAAGGCUUCGUCAAUGGUGACUCGGGAAUCAAUGGAGAUCUUUGAAGUUGUAUUUGUGAGAUGGGAUGAAUAUACUAUCACGUGACUAUGUCGGUAAUCUAGGUGAUGGAAGGCCGCGAGGGCGGAGACUCGAGAGGCAGAUUCAAGCCGAAGAUGAUCCGUCUCCAUCAUCAGAGUCAAGUAUGAGACGACGAUAAUAAUAUUAAUUUCUAUGAACCUCUCACCAUUUCCAUUUCCAACUCCAACACCGAUUCCAACUCCAAAAAUACUACAAUUUUUUCAUACUACAUGAGAUUAACUCCAAAUCUUCUCUUUCGUCCUUCACUCCUCAAAAUGGCACUUCAUCCUCCACCAAAUAACUCCAAACUCAUUUUCGCACCCGCCAACGAUAAAACCAAUGCUCAAGCAGAUCAAUUCGUAAAAGGCGCACUCGAUCGUAAAGAUCUCGAUUCCAAUCCACUUACACAAUUUCAUUCCUGGUUUUCCCACGCACAAAAAAAUGGUGUUUACCAUCCAGAAACCGUUUGUCUAUCAACUGCCAGUUUACCUUCCGGGCGCGUAUCAGCACGUAUGGUAUACCUGAAAGAAUUAGAUGCUAAAGGAGGAUUUGUUAUAUAUAGUAAUUGGGGAACAAGUAAAAAGGCGAAAGAUAUUGCGGAAAAUAAAUGGGCAAGUCUUACAUUUUGGUGGCAAGAAUUGGAAAGACAAGUUAGAGUUGAGGGAAAGGUAGAGAGGUUACCUGAUGAAGAAAGUCAGGUUUAUUAUGAUUUAAGGGCGAGGGGUAGUAGGAUUGGUGCUUGGGCUAGUCCGCAGAGUCAGGUAUUGAAGGGGAGAGAGGAAUUGGAGGAGAGAGUUAAGGAGGUUGAGAAGAGAUUUGAGGGACAGGAAAAGAUCCCAGUACCGGAAUUUUGGGGAGGUUUAAGAAUCAUACCGGAAAUGAUGGAAUUUUGGCAAGGGAGAGAUAGUAGGUUACAUGAUCGAUUUCAAUAUGAAAAGAAAGAGGAUGGAGAAUGGGAUAUUCAAAGGUUAAGUCCAUGAGUAGGGGAAAUUAAGAUGUAAGAAUAAGAAUUGUACAACACAACUCCAACACAACUCAAUUGAAGUAUUAAUUUAUUGCU